AUGGAUAGUUUUGUACAGGGUAGGUUGGGGCGUUUGCUGCUGCUGCUGCUGCUGCUGCUGCUGCUAUAUGUAGCAGCAACUCCCAGCUGCGCGGGUGCUUCUGUAGAAGAACCAGCUGCUGCUGAUGCGGGAGAGGCUUCGCUUGAGGGUUCCCCAGAUGCAGAAGGUGAAGCAGCAGGAGCAGCAGCAACAGCAGCAACAGCAGCAGGAGCAGCAGGUGUGGGGAGCCGACGAGAGACAGUCACCUCCGUUCGACCCCGAUCCCGACGAUCCUCACGAUCCCCAUCAACUGCUCCCAGGGGCCCAGGCAGUGUGGGGCGCAGCAGAGGCAGCAGCAGCAGAGGCAGCAACAGACCAACAGCAACCGCCACAACAACCACCAGCAACGGGAACUCCCCUUGGCUACCAUCAGCAGCAGGAUAUGCUAGUACAGCUCUUCUGGGUUUACUUGUUGCUUAUGUGCUGCUAGCAGAACGCCGCAAUGCAGCAGCAGCAGCAGCAAGAGAUAAAGAAGUUGAACAGGGACUGAUUGCAGCAGAGAGCAGACAAGCAACAGAUGCAGCACUAGAAAGAGAAAAAGAAUUUUGUUUAUCAACACAACAAGAACUAGAGAGACUAAAUACAGAAAUGAAGGAAGCAGAUGCUCUGCUGCAGCAGCUGGAUAGGAGGAGAGACGAAGCGGUAGCCAAGGCAGCAACAAAAGCAAUAGAAGCAAAAGCUAGAGAAUCAAAAGAGAUAGCAGCACUACAAGAAAGAAUGCAUAAAGCAAUAGCAGCAAAGCAUGAAGCAUAUCUCAGUCUAGAUGUAGCUAGGGUGCUGCAGGGGGUUAAGGACGAUGCAGCAGCAGAGGCUCUGCUGCAGCAGCUGCAGCAGGAGAACAGUAUUCUAGCAGCAGAAGAAGAAAGGAUAGAUGCAGCACUGGCGGGGCUGCAGCAAUCGGAGACAGUUGAAGAUGCACUAGCAAGCAAGAAGAGACAGCUGCAGCAGCUGUCUCUGCUGCUGCAGAGCAGCAGAGAGGAGCUGGAGCUGCUGAGGGCAGAGAUGCCGGAGAAGGAUACAGAAGCACUAAAGGAAGAAGCUGCAGCAUUGUCUGAGUCUAUGAAUAAGCUAGAAGAGGAGUUGCAGCAACUGCAGCAGCAGCAGCAGCAGCAGCAGCAGCAACCAAGUGAGGAACAGGUACUAAUGAAACAAAUACAAGAUAUAGAAAGAGAAGCAAGAAGCAGCAGCAACCAAGUGAGGAACAGGUACUAA